UAAAAUCGAAGCUCACACGCCAUAAAGGCCAUAAAGCAACGUCAAUAUGCACGCUUGUAAGUUGCUGGGUUUUAUUGCGUGCCUGUUUUUGGUUGUUUUAAGUAAUUUUGAUUUGACUUUGGGUGAUGAUGAUAAAAGUGCCAAUACAAAGAAAAAACUUCAAAUUGGUGUUAAAAAGAGAGUCGAUAACUGUCAAGUGAAAUCGAAAAAAGGUGACUUUCUUCAUAUGCAUUACAAGGGCACUCUGGAAGAUGGCACCGAAUUCGACAGCAGUUAUAACAGAGGGGAACCACUGACAUUCACCCUUGGAUCUGGUCAGGUUAUCAAAGGCUGGGACCAGGGACUCAUGGGAAUGUGUGAAGGAGAAAAACGAAAACUGGUGGUUCCUUCAGAGCUUGGCUAUGGUACAUCAGGAGCACCACCCAAGAUUCCAGGAGAUGCAACACUGAUAUUUGAAGUAGAAUUAGUAAAGAUAGAUAAUAAAGAUGAAUUCUGAGAUUGUGUUGACUUUUAAAAUAAUGGUUGCUGUUCAGUAAGUUACUCUCACGCCACCAUAUUUUUUGUAUGUUUAUGCAUAGUAAUGUGAUAAUAGCAUGUUCUGAAGGGUGGUUAUAUCAAAGUAAAGGAAAUUAAGUUGUUUAGGUUACCAACAGAUAGUGAAAGAAAUGUGAAUUCUGCUGCUGCAUAACAAUAUAUUAACCCUUUAAAGACUGAA